UUUCGGUUCAUGACAGCCAUAUUACUGUGGGUGGUUUCCUACUAUCCAUUUUAUUUCCCAUGAUUUGGUCCGAGUUAUGGAACUAGAGAAUAUUGUAGCUAACACUGUUUAUUUAAAAGCCAGAGAAAGUGAGUAUAACCUCGAAUUUUGCAGUUAAUAGGUCACCUUGCGGUGGAUGAAAGCUCGCAAAUGUUUCGAACACUUUUCUGCUCGUCGAGUUCGUGCAUUCGAACUGAAGUGUCACACAGGACUCUAUUCUAAUAUUUUGAACGUGUUUCUCCGUGUUGCAGGUAAAACUAAAGGCAGAAGUAAAAAAUGGAAAGAACUACUGAAAUUUCCGCAUCAUACUAUAUCUGCAGCUAUUAAGAACGAUGGUAAGCUUUCAUGUUGAGUUCUUCUGACGGUAGAAUGCAGGUUUUCGUUAUGAGCUGUUCGCCUGAUCAUAUUCUAGGUUAAAAUGGCUCGUAAAUUCAGUAAGGUAGACUAUUCGUGCGUUUCCUCCCUACAGUUGUUCUCACGUAUGACAGAAUUUGUGAGAAGGAACCCAUUGGGAGAGAACUCUUUCGGUUAUUUUGCGCUGGCGAUGCUCCACUUCAGCAAGCCAUCGACUUCCUCGAUGAAGUGGUAAGCAGAAAAUCUCGCAUGUUUGUUGGUACCUUGCUUUGCAAUUGCAUGGACAGUCUUGCGUAAUUCGCGGACGCUCUCAAUUAUGCUGCGGAAGCUUUGAUAAACGAAUCAUUGUUUUUUGUCUUGUUCUCAAAUUAGGACGUAUUCGAUAAAGCAGAAGCAGCGAAAAAGCCCGAGUUGGCUCGUCAACUGGUAGCGAGACAUCUUCCCGAGGAUUCGGUAAGCAGCGAACUUAGGUUACUAAGGACAUGUUCUUCUCUUUUAUUUAUUCGGGCAGAAUUUGUCGCUCAUUGCAGAUAAUUUAGAUCGUUAACGGUUCUGUUGGUUGGGAUCACGGCAAUAACUUUAAAGUUCUUUACGUAUAUCAUGACCGUCUGGUUUAUUCUCGAUGGCCCUCGAUAAAAUUCUAUUGCUUCUGUGAUCUGCGAAUUGAAUUACCCAUUAAAAUUAGGGUAAAAGUAAAUGAUUAGAAUUCCAAGUUGACUUACAGCACUUCUUGCGCGUUAAUGAAGAGAAUCAUUUAUAAUUUAAGGUCACACUGAAAUCACAUUUCACCUUGUUGUGUUGUUUCGUGUCGAACCAGAUAGCAUCACGAUUGAUUAUUCGUCAGUGUCUCUGCAUGAUCUCUCUUGCCCGAAAUACGAUGUAUAUACAAUCCAUGAUGAUUUAAUUUAUAAAUAUUGAAACCCUAGUGGCUUGACAGCUCCCCAAUCUACUACAAGCCUUUCAUAUUUUAUUUAAUUUCUCUACACCCAACUGUGUUCGUAGAGCUCUUAAAUCGCAGGAAAUAUCUAACCAAAAUAACUGUAGUUGGCCGAAAGCGAGUUGUAGAUCUUGUCUUAGCGCAUCUACCUGUAAUUUAUCGUUGCAAAUUUCUACUGUUUACUUUUCUUUAAUGGAAGAUUUGCUAUCUUUUAUGUGCUCUUGAUAUUGAUCACCAACUAUUGUAGAUCUUGUAAACCCAACAGAAAUUGUAAUGCUAGAAACCGGCUCUGAACUGUUUUUCCGCAGACACUGUUUUUGGUGUGAAUUUUGUUACGCUCUUAUCAUUGAGAGAUCAAGGGAUCUGCUUAUUGCCAGUGUUUUUUUUUUUUUUAGAAACUUGGUGUAUCGUCUGUAACACGAACUGGUUGAAACUUACCAACCCCUCUCUCACUUAAAAAAAAAUUGGUGUUUCAAAGAUCCAGCUAAUUUAAACAUGUUAGCACAACACAUUGCCUGAAUAUUUUUUGACACUGUCUAUGUACGCAUUGCGAGUCUUGCUUUACGAUUGCAGCUGCCUUUUCCUUGUUAGCUUUCGUAUGAAUCCAGGGUAGUGCAGUUAAACAGAUAAAUGGUUAUACCUCUAAUUUGUUGCAAGAACUACCAAAAGACCUGUAUCAAUAAUUAAAUGUUUAGACUGGAAAAUAUACACGAAUUUAAUUGAAGGAAACUGUAGUCUUUGAGAGAAUGUUCUCCAUAGUAUGGCAAAAGGAAAGAAAUUCUCCUAAAAUUUGCAGUGCUGCCAUAUAUAUAAUUGUUGGGUUUUUUUUUUAGAUUUAAUUACAUUCAGAGGAUGAAAUUGUGCAAUGAAUUGAUUUGAAGUUAUUUUGCUACAAAUUUGUAAAGUGUUUUUUAAAUACAUUGUAUAUUUCUUGAGCAGUGACCUGCGAGGUAAAGAAAAAUUACUUCGUGAAACUGUUCUUGAUAUUAUUAUAAGCGCUUUACUCUUUGAAUUUUUGUGCUGUGUUUAUCUUUUGGUGUGUGGGAUACUAAAAGCAAAAUUUGUUAUUGUCAUGCUUCAAGAAAUUUUAUUAAUUUUGAUACUAUAGUUGUUUUGAAUUCAAAAUAAAUUAUAUGUAAAGUACCCUUCUAGUGGUCAACUAGAAAAUAUAAAUGGGAAGGUUUUUGGUCACUGUUUAGAGCUAUAAAGAAAAAUUAGCUCAAAGUAUAAACAAAUAUUAUUAGUUACUGACACACAUUAACUUUGUCCCACAUAGAGUGAGCUAUCAGAGCCUUAUCUUAACCCAAUUUCCUCACAUCUUUGUAUGGAAAAUCAGUGAUGGAUGUCUUAAAAAUUUUUCUGUCUCUAAUAAAUUAGAUUACUAAAACCAAACAUUUUUAUUCAUCGCAUAUGGAUCACUUUUAUGAAUAAAAAGAUUUGGAAGAAUUGUUUUUUGCUAAUCAGAUCUCUUUAAAUAUUGGUAAUCAUUCUUGACACAGCCCCAUACACAUCCUUGUUUUUCAGAAAUUCUAAAACAUUUGAGAAUGGGAAAUUUCAGCUGCCCAAAAAUCUCUGUUUAUUCUAUCUAUCAAACUUAUACCCUCCAGGGAGGAGGAGGGGAAAAGUGUUCAAGACAGAAACUUAUUUGUGAUUGUGAUACCUCCGCCUUGCGUGUAUCUGGUUCUGACAAGCAUGUUCAAAUGGACCAUUGACAAGGAGGUUAUAAAAUAUUUUCAGUAUCACUGCUAAUAGGACUGUGCACCAUUUUCAUUUGCACAUUAUUUAAAAAAAAAAUUUCUGGACCUUUAAGGUAUCCUGUUCAAGAGGUGAACAGUAAAAAUGGAUCAUAAUAUGUCAUUGUUAUUUACAGCGACGCACAUCAACCUUCAAAUCUCAGCUUAGUACCAGGAUACCAGGAUGUUUGUUUCUUGCAUCUCAUUGCAUUCUUUUUUUUGUUUGUUUGUAAUAGCAACCAAGAGUGGCUGGUAUCAUGGAUGACACAGCAGAAAAAACAAGAAGCAUAGUGGCCAAAUCUACUGAUGAAGAAUUCUCUAUGGAGUUCUUUAGAGAUGCUGUGAGGUAUUACUAACAAGUUGUGCUGUAAAGCUUUUAUUAGUACAGAUGUAAAAGAGAAGUGGUUGACAUGUGUUGUUGUGUGGAGCUAUUGAUUGUGGCAAAGCUUGUCGAAAGCUUCACUUCUUGUUUUCCUAUCAUGAAUCACAUGUACAAGUACAGUGAUAAUAAUGAUAAUAAUAAUGAUAAUAAUAGUAAUAAUAAUUACUUGACUUAAGUGUUGCCAGUGAUUGUGUGUAAUUGUUUCUUUUAAAGAGGCAUAUUUCUGGUGUCAAAAGUCAUACCUAAGAGUUGCAUUAAAAGAGUAUAAAACUUUACUCCAAUUUGUUAACUCUUUAACUCCCAUGAGUGACCAAGACAGAAUUUCUCCUAACAAUAUCAAUACAAUAUCAAGCAGACAAGAGAUGAGAAUGAAGAAAAAUAUAAAUUAAGGGAAUAUAAGUUGAUCCAAUACUAAAUUCUCCAAACAAACAUCACGUAGAACUAUAUGGCAGACAGUAAGGAGAAUUACUAAUGAGAUCUUGGGAGUUAAAGGGUAAAGUCAUAAUACAUGUAACAAUUUUAUUGGUGUUUGAGAGUGAAUAGCAUCUCAUUUCUCCUUAUAACAUCACUCUCAAAUUGCACAUGAAAAUGGGGGAUCUCUACUGGCUGCUAAGAGUCUGAGCCUUAGCUAGUUUGAUACAGGAUUUAGCAAGUAUAGCAAAAAUAUGUCAAAUAGGAAAAUUGUGAAUUAAAAAAUAAACCCAACAUCAUCAGCCAAAAUUCUUAUUCACUUUUUUUUAAAGAGUGAUUUUGUAAUUCCUAAGGUUUUGACUGAAAAUAUGCUUUAUUGAACAAUGUCAUGUUUCUUGGAUAUGAGAUGUUAGUUUUGUACAUACUCUCUUACUAUCCAUGUUUCUAGCAGCUUGAAAGUGUCUGCCAAGAAAAGGGUAGGCUCACUGUGUAAAAGAAGGAAUAUUGGAUUUCUACUUCCUUUCCAUGGCAAUUUAUUUCAUUUUCCAAGUACUUCAAAAAGUAGUGAUGGCCUUGAUAAUCAACUCAAACAGUCUAUUAAUUGCCAUGACAUUCAGAAGUUUUCUGGCCUUUCACAAGUAUCAAUAAGUGCAUAAGAUGCUUGUGGAAACAGAAUGACAUAAAUAUUAUUGGAGAGUGCUAGAUAAUUAUGCUUCUCAUAGAUCUAAUCAACACUGUUCAUAAACUCUUUUUUUUUUCUUACAGGGAAGUCAAGGAUUUCUUGGGGGAAAAGCCUUUUGAGGAUUACCAGCAUACUAUGUACUUUGCACGGUAUCUUCAGUGGAAGUGGCUUGAAAGGUAACUUGCUUAAACCUUGAACCCCUGCGAGUGACUGAAAUGUAGUUUCUCCUUACAGUAUCACUCUUGAAUCAAACUUUUAAGGCCAUGGGAAUAAGGAGAAUGAUCACCCAUGGGCAUUGGAUAAGCUAUUGAUUGUUGAAACAAUUAUAACUAAUUUAAGCCACUUAUGAUUUUUCAGUUUUCAUCCAUCAGCAAAGCUAAGUCAUUCUGCUUGGUUUGUUGGUUAUGAAUAAGGAAAGUAUUUGUUUGGUGCCAGAGCUAGUUGAGAUCUGUGAGAGGAGUGUGUUUCAAGUCGAGUAACCCAGCUUCCAAAGUCAUUCACUGACAGUGGCUAGUACUGUAAGCCAUAAAGAGAGCAGAGUCUCUUGUCAAUAAUGAGAUUCUUAAAGUCAUGGCUGACUUUUGAAACUUACUUUAUAGCCAGUGAUGAUGUUGAAGCUGGAGUCACUAACCCUACCUGUAACAUGUGGCCAACAAACAACUUCUCACUUGACUCUGAUAAUGACUUAAGCUAAAAUUGUCAAAAUAUCAAUCACUGAUACUGACAGUAAUUCAUCUGAAGACUAUUCGUGCCACCCAAGAAUCAGGCUACACAUUCAAUUAACUGUUACUUCUGGGUUCAAACCUUUUAAUAUUAAGAAGUAAGUGUGUUCCUACAUGUUCUUAAACUGGGCUAUUUUGUUUAUCAACAGACAACCUGUUACAAAGAAGACAUUCCGCCAUUACAGAGUGUUAGGGAAAGGCGGAUUUGGAGAGGUAAAUGGAAUUUAUUUUUCAUAAUUAUUUAGAGUGGGAGCUAUAUGGCCACAAACUGAUGGACUCCAUACAUUUGAAGUGUAGCAGUAAGAAAAUUGCCUUUGAACAAAGACAAUUUUUGUCUUCUAAAAUCACAGCAUUUUCCUAGGAAUGACUUUUAAGUUCUACCUCAGUCCUUUUAAAUGGUGUUAGGGAAAAUUUCCACUACCUCUGCAAAGAAAAAGGGGUGAUAUAAUCCUAUUACUACUAUCAAUAUCUUUACCAGACAUUGAUAUUUAGAAGUUAAUGCUAGUUGUCUCCAUUGUAGGUCUGUGCAUGUCAAAGCAAAAUCAGUGGGAAAAUGUAUGCAAUGAAGAAACUAGAAAAGAAACGGAUAAAGAGAAGGAAAGGAGAAGCAAUGGCAUUAAAUGAGAAGCAGCUCUUAGAAAAAAUUGACAGCAGAUUUGUGGUGAGUACUAAUACCUAUAAAAUUAAAAGUUGGUGAUGUUGAAUAAAUCUAAAACCAAUUGUAACUAUCUUUUGCUUCCUUUUCUCUGCCAGUAUAGAAGAUUAAUCAGUUGUUAAUCAUAAACCUUCUCUAACUAUCUGAAAAUGAUUGAAAUUAUUUUUGUGAAUUGUUAUAAAGGUUUUUUCCCUCCCCCCACAUGCUUAUAAUCCUCUUCCUACUUACUCUAUAUCUUAUAAAGAAAAAAGUACAUUCAUAGAACAGAUGGUAUGAUAAGAAUUAUAAAACCAUGAUUUUUAUUGUCUCAUGAAAUGCUGUGAGAAAUGAAAACCUUAAUGUGAUAUUAAGGAAACCAAGAGUUGUACAAUAAACACCCGCAGAUAAGCCACUCCUGGAGUAUGGCAGCUCAAAUUUUAAAAAAGAAAUCACUAUUAAUGAGAGUGUUAAGAAAGUUAUUGGUUGCUUCACAGAACAUCUACAGGUCUGCAUAAACUCACUGACUUAAUGAGAAUGCUGUAAGCAGUUCUCACCAAUAAUUUUAGCUGUAGUAGUAUGGAAAUCGUAUGUACAUGUACCAACAAAGACUUAUGGUUGAUCUUACUCUGAUACCAUUCAACCAGUGUUUCUUUCCUGUCAGAUUUUUUAAAAGACGACCAUUAGGGCGUCCUUAGCUUAGUAACCAGGCAUUUGAUACAUCAUGAAGAAUGUUUAAUGAAUAGUGUUAAUUUUUGCUGAUUUGUGGCACAUUUUUCAGAUGUAAAAAAGCCACAACCCUAAUUUAUUAAAAAAAAAUUGUGGGGAAAAGGUGCAGCUUAUCUGCAUGUGUUUGCAGGAAUUGGAAUGAUUGUAGCCACAAUUUUAAUUCUUUUCUUUUCAAACUUUGUUCUUUUUGAAGGUCAGUCUAGCAUAUGCUUAUGAAACCAAAGACGCGCUCUGUAUGGUCUUAACACUAAUGAAUGGUGGAGAUCUAAAGUUUCAUGUCCAUAACAUGGGUAAUCCUGGAUUUGAAGAAGAAAGAGCUGUAUUUUAUGCUGCAGAAGUAAUGCUAGGAUUAAUUCAUUUACAUUCAAAGAGAAUAGUAUACAGGUAUGUAAUUUUAAAAAAUGUAGUGUAUUUUUUAAAAUGCAGUAUUCUAUCUAUAGGUGUUUGGGUGUUUUUCAAAGGGUAUGGACAUUUAGAACAGAAAGGCAGCACUGAGAAGUCCUAAAGACUCCUUUAGCUAUCAACUACGGAAAUAUAACUUGGUACAGACCUGUAGUGUAGGUAGUCUAGGGAAUCUAUUAAGCUUCUUUGAUAUUCCUGGAAUGCAACCAACUUGAAGAGAAUUACCAGUAGAAGUAAUAUGAUCAGUUAGAAGUAAUAUGACUUUUUUUAUAAAGGCUUCAAGCCUUUAUAACCCCUUACUCAGCUGUCAGUCUCAAAUGCGCUCAAAGAUCAGAUAUACAAGUUCAAUGUAGAAUGAUUAAAAAGAAAAUAGAAUCGAACAUUGUCUGCAGUUUUAUCAUUACAGCAGAAUUAUUGAAUGAUGUACCUCUUAUUGGUCUUGGUUACAGAGAUAUGAAACCAGAAAAUCUGCUUUUAGAUGAUUAUGGUCAUGUCAGAAUCUCAGAUCUUGGUUUAGCUGUUCAAAUUAAAAAUGGAGAGACAAUACGAGGGAGAGUUGGAACAAUAGGCUAUAUGGGUAAGUUUGCUCCUUUGUUGUUACUAAGCAUAAGUCACUUUGUAAUUAAACCUUUCACUCCCAUGAGUGAUCAAGACAGAAUUUCUCCUUACAAUAUCAAGACAAUAUCAAGCAAACAAGUGAUGAGAAUAAAGAAAAUAUCAAUUAGGGGAUUAUAAAUUGAUCCAAUCCUAAAUUCUCCAAUCUAAUAUCACAAGAACUGUAUGGCAGACAGUAAGGAAAGUUACUAAUGAGAUCUUGGGAGUUGAAGGGUUAAUUAGCCUAUUCACAAUGUAGAGUGAGCCAAUAAGUUUUUUUCUUGAUAAAAUGUCAACCUACUGUCAAGCAGACAAGUGGUGUGAAAAAAUAAAACUAUCAACUAAGAUUAAUUUUUAGUGAACCGGAAAUUCUCAUACUCAACAUAACAUGAAUGGUGCAUAAAGAAGGGUGGGGAAUUUGAUCAAAAUAUGUAAUAGCUAUUUGGAGGUCUUUUGGAUUUAGAGUUGUGUAAGAGUGUAGUAACAGCACUCAAUCAGAACAAAGGUUGACAUCAAAAGAAGCAAGAGAUUUCUGAGGUCAAACACUUUGAACUGAUAUCAAAUGUAGGAAAGUGCGAAUGAGUUGCAAUCAUUUCAAGUUUCACUUUUUAUUGGAAGCUAACAUGUAACAGCCAGAUAGCAGUUGAAUUUAACUCAAAGAAAGCUUCUUUCAUUUUCUUGCAACUGAUUUCAAAACAAACAUGCCUGGAUAAUUUUUUUUUCCUUUUUGUGCUGCAGCUCCAGAAGUUGUAAAAAAUGAACGCUACACAUUUUCCCCAGACUGGUGGGGUCUAGGGUGUCUUAUCUAUGAGAUGAUUCAAGGAAAGGUUAGUAAACCAAGACCUGCUUGAUGGGCUCCACUUCUUUAGAUCUGGAGAAUUUUUCAUGAGCCUAGCAGAUCUAGUAUCAUGUAAAGUUACAGUGGUAAGUUUCAUUUUAUGUUGUUGUGUUGUUGUAGUCUCCGUUCAGAGCAAGAAAAGAGAAGGUGAAGAGGGAUGAAGUGGAACGGAGAGUUAAAGAGGACGAAGAGGUGUACACAGAAAAGUUCAGUUCAUCAGCAAGACUAAUAUGUAGUCAGGUAACAUCUUGAAUGUUAGAGGACUGUAAUGAAUUGCAUUAGGGAAAAUAACUUCAGCACAUGACACAACAGUCACAAAGCCCCUUCCUGCCCAUAAGUAUGCAAUGUGAAUCACAGGUUUUUUUUUGAUAAUUAUUAUCAGUGGGUAACCUGGUAGGUUGCUGAGAGGACCAAAUGGACUAAACAGUUUCUAACACUGCUCCAUGCCACAAACAUUUUGCUUACCAUAGGGAGUACAAAAAAAUAUUUGUAGCAAAGGUUGGAAAUUUGGGGAACCUUUUUGUUUGGCAAUUUUUUCAGGCAUCUUUUCUGCAACUGCUUAAAUUACAACUCACCUGCUAGUAUCAUUGCUUUAGCUGAGAUGAAAACAAAGAUGAACUUUUUCAUUAAAUAUGAUUUAUUUUUGUCCUACUUGAAAUGUUUUUUUCUUCCAUCUUGGUUGGCCUUGAGACAUGACUUCAAUUCUCUUGCUAACCUGAUUUUGAAAGCUGUGUAGUACAUUAUUUAUUUAUAAUAUUACACAUUCAAACUGUCCUCAACUUAUGGUUAGCAUGUGAUAUUUCAGCUUUUGUUGGAUACCAAUUGAAUCAUGUUGAUAUUACAGUAUAUCAAGGCUACUGUCGAGGGUGUUGGUUAAAGCUUUUACAGUAAAUGACAGAAAAAUGGGGUUUUUUUUAUUAGAAGCAAAAUUGUUCAUUUCACACUCUGAAGAUAUGAUGUAAAAGAAACUGACUGGAACAGAGUUGGUUUUUCUUGGAAAAUGUUUGGAUGGCAUUGCUCAGCCUUCAUCGGUUGGAGUUAUUAGUUACACAGCUUAGAACUUCAUUUUGCUGUUAUGUCGCUUUCCUUUGAUGCAUUAUUUGCUCUUUUUCUAGGCACUUCAGAAAGAAGUAAUUAACAGAUUAGGUUGUGGUGAUUCAAGUGGAGAAGAAAUAAAGAAACAUAUUUUCUUUAGAAAUAUUAACUGGCCCCAGCUGGAAGCUGGAAUCUUCAAACCUCCUUUUGUACCUGAUGUAAGUUUGGAAAGUCAUUAAAUACUAUUCUUAUCUAGCUUUGACCACCCAUGGCAUCACUAAGCAGCUGAUUUUAAUCUGUGCAUUACAUUGAAAAAAGUUGGUUUUAUCCUUAAUAUGAAAUUUCCAUUGGUUUUCUUAGCAUGAAGAAUUGCUUUGACUUUGACAUUGUGGCUCCCCCAAAAAAUUUUCCUGGCUGUUCCCACCAAAUCUGUAAUUCUGUGGGUAUAAGUAUCAGCUAAUACUGAUCCUGGCCAUCCUUGUUUUAAAUUACUAAUCUGAGAGAAAGGAGACCUAUUCAUUCUCUCAAGAAUGAGUCAAUGUAAUUGAAUUUGCAGGUUAACCCUUUAACUCCCAGAUCAAAUUUGUAAUUCUCCUUACUCCCAACCAUGCAAUUCUUAUAAUGUUAGUUCAGAGGAUUUAGUAUUGGAUCAACUAAUUAUCCCCAAAUUGAUAUUUUUCUUUACUCUCAUCAUUUAUCUGGUUGAUAUUGUCUUGAUAUUGUAAGGAGAAAUUCUGUCUUGGUCACUCAUGGGAAUUAAAGGGUUAAAUGUUUCCUGUUAUCCCCCUACCAGAGACUUAAGAGGCCUAUAGGGACAUGCAUGUGCAAAAAAAACCAAAAAAAAAGAGGAAUGAAUGAAGAGAAGAAAUGAUUAAAAUGAAAUAAAAUAAAGAAAAAUUUGAUGACUAAUGGGUCAAAAUGGCUUUCUCUAACUUUUCCAGACCACUGCUUGAUUUACUUACUACUAAGAUUUUUUUCACAACAACAAAAAAAAUUUAUUCCCUUGUGUAACCUCUUGAUGGGGACCAAUGUAUUUCUUAUUUUCACACUGGUUACAAAUGAACAAGAUCUCACUUUAGGUAAUCUUUUCAUAGCAAACAAUAUUUUUGAAAACAACUCUCUGUCAUCAGUUAACCUUUGCUUUUUGAACAUUUCUAGCCUAGAGCAGUCUACUGCAAAGAUGUCCUAGACAUUGAACAGUUCUCUUCUGUGAAGGGCGUUCGUUUGGAUGAAAGUGAUGAGGAAUUUUAUAGGAAAUUUUCAAGUGGAUCAGUUUCAAUUCCUUGGCAAUCUGAGGUACUUCUGUUAAACUUUUGUUUAUUUGUGUUGUGGUUUUGAUGGUGAGCACAUUUGCCUCCUUACUCUGUAGUUCAGCUUUUAACCCCAUCAUGAUAGGUGCCCAUGGCUUUUUCUUCUUGUUCUUUGUGAGACAGUUCAUGCACACACUCAGUGCUUGCCAUUUAUUGUCAUAUGAUAAGCUGAACCCUGCACUCAUUUAAAUUGGUUCUUAUGCAAGAUCCAUGGGGUGACAGACACAUAGGUGAGAUCACCAUGAGCAACAUUUUGCUUUUUUACUAUAGAAAACAAAUAGAUUCCAUGUUGUGGUGGGUCUGUAUAGCAAUGGAUCACAGAAGAUGUCAAAAUGUGGUACAAGCAUCAGAGAUACACUCAGCUGUGCUCCUUUUUUGUUCUUGCCACCUUUUGACAGCGUCAGUGAUCUAUUACUGAACAGAUGCAUGGCAACGUGGAUUCUUUUAAUUGAAUUUUAAGUAGUUGUCCCUCACUUUAGGUGACUGUGAUAAUUGAAGAACAGUUGUCUGAAUAGACCUGAUUGGGUUAAUUUUUGAAAUAGGUCCAUUCCUAAUUAUAAAAAACCUGUCUAAAUUCCUUCUGCAGAUGAUCGAGAUGGAGUGCUAUAAAGAACUGAAUUUAUUUGAGGUUAAUGGUGUGCCGUCACCUGAUCUUGUAGGAGAUGCACCACCAGAACCUCCCAAGAAAAGAGGAGUGGCUUGUUGUUCAGGCUCGGUUAGUGUGUAUCUCAAUCUUUUGCUAGUUUUACAAGGUUUAUAGCAGGUGCAAUUAUAUACCGUAGUUCUCCAAAAAGAAAAAAAUUGACAAGUAUUUUUGCUGAAUUAUAUGGAUGUUCAGGUUGACAUGGGUGUUGUAUAAUUGCCAUAUGGCAUGGUUAAUGUAUGUGACACAGUUCUUAAAAGUCUUCUCUAUCAUAAUGGUUUACUUGUCAAUCUCCAAAAUUGAAACAGCAGAAAUUAUUAUUUCCUUACCUGUAGUUUUAGUAAGAAAUUGCAUGGUUAACCAACUGUAUGUUCUCCCAGUUUUUGAAUGUUAUUGACAACUUGAGGGUUUUUUUCAAGUUGGUGUUUUUUUUUUUAGCAAAGGGCAUUUAAAAUUAAAAAUAUAACUUAUUACAAUUCUUUUGUUUUGUUUGUUUGGUUGGUUGGUUGGUUUUUUUCAAUGGUAGGAUUUGUUAUCAUAAUUUGCUAGUAUUAGGACAACUCCUUUAUUUGUUUUUCUUUUCUUACUUGCAGGAUGAUGGCCUUUAACAGUAAAAUUAAAAACAAACCUGUUUGUACAAAAUAAAAAAGUUAUAAAAAUAUUAUUUUAAAUUUACCUCUGUAACUAAUAGCAUGCAAUCAAUAAGUAGUCAUUUUGAUGUACAGAGGAGCUGCUUGACACAAAGGCUCACACACAAGAAGUUUAACAAAGUAGUGUAUUAGAGGGUACACAAUCUAGUUGUCUGGGAAAUUGGUAGUGAUGCCAUGAGAAAAUAGAUUAUCAACUUUUGAUAGAUCUUUUUACCUCUGGUAGAAAGGGAUUUUUUGCCAGUGAUCCUGCCCUUUUUAUUUUCAAAGACUGUUACCUGUAUCAUUCAUGACAUGCUUCUGUUGUGCUGUGUGGCUCAAAACUUGUUCAAUAUAAUGACCAGAAGCGAAAUUCUCUCGGUUUCUCUAAUGGAUAUCCUUAAUGAUAUGUGGGAGAUUUUGAUUGUUAAUCUGACGGCAUUUGUAAACCAGCAAAUCUGUUGUAAAAUAGUAGAUAAAUCCCUUUUUGCCUUGUAAAAACUAGUACAGUUUUCAGGCAAUAAAGUUUUGUACAGUUGAUUGAUUACUAUAUCUAUAAUUUAGAUUCUUCACCCACUGAUUGCUCCUUAUAUCAGUGUUUAUUUUUGUUGUUACACGCCUUUGAUGUGUCUCUGAUGUCACUGCUGUGUCUCAAAGCAUACAGCUUCAUCAUUUCUUGACUUUGGUUGAGUUCUCAUUAACACAAUGCAACCUUGAUUGUUUUUAGCUCUUCUCUAUAGGCUUGGUUGGUUUGUUAAUGACUGUGCUGUAAGAAUGAAUUCCAAACUGUCAUGUUUCUAAAACCCUUAAACCUCUAACCCUUUAAGUGAAUAGCAUUCAAUUCCUCCCAAAAAAAUCACUGCAGAAUCAAACAUAAUAGGUCAAGGGAAUAUAGGAUAUGCAUGAUUAUCAACCAAAGAAGAUCUUGACUUUAAAACAAAUUCUCCUUGUCAUUAUUAUAGGAUUUGUUUGGAGAAAAGUGUGGAGAAUGUGCAUACUGAUGUUAGAGUGUGAAGGAUUAAAUGAAUUAACUUUAGCAUAAACCUAACUUUUUGGAAGUUUACCAUCUUAUUUUUCAAAUAUGGAGGAAGGCAAAGUGUUUCAAAGAAUUUUGUAACUAAAAAAAAUGACUAAAAAGAAGUCUUAGGCCAUUAGUUAGUUUUUAAUGUUCUCCUUUUCCAAGAAAAAAAUAUGGAAAGCUGUUUUACACUUAGCAUAGAGAAAACAGAGCUCUGAAGUGAAUUUAAUUGAAAUGUCACUUGCUAAUUGUGCUUGGCAAUGUGAUCUGAUAGAAAUUUGUAAUUAAUAGAUGUAUUCUUCUGCAUCAUGUAAAAUAUCAUGAAAAAGGCUCGGAUUCUAAGAGCAACUAGACAAAGUCUUUUGCUUUUUUUUAAAUGACAUUUGAUGUGCUUAAAAUAUUUUUGGCACACUAAGGUUGCUGCUACCUAUGUUCUGCAACUUAAUUCUCUUUCACCUAAACAUAGAUUACUUUUUAAGUUCAAUUUUCAUGUGUUAUUGUUGGGUAAAAGCUCGAACAAUUGUUAAACACUUACUAUUGCACAGUGUGUGAGAAGUACCUGUGCAUUAAGAUCACGUUUUCCUUUUUCCUAGUACAUUGAUGAAUUGGUGAUAUCAAAAAAUAUAUAAUUGAACAUUUUUGUGACAUCUUUUUUUUUCUCUUUUUUUUAAGUGAUAUAUCAAUAAACCUCAAAUAUGAAUGAUGCAUUUGGUGAAUUGGAUGAGCAUGAUAACAUACAAAUAGGGGUCUGUCUAUGAUGCACAAAUGUUACAUCACCUCUCGUGCUUUGGAGUAAGGAAAGUGCCAAGAAAUUUGAAAUUUGAUUUAGAAUAGGGCUCAUCUUAUUGUCAAGUUAUUAAGCAAAAAGUUUGAGACCUUUAUGCAAUACUUUACAACAACUUAUGGCUAGGUGGGUAGAGUGGCAAUCAAACUACACUUUGGUCUUGAAUUUCAGUAAUUUUUACCCCUGUUUUUCUAAAGCAGUCUCCACUUAAGCAUAACUUGAGAGUAAUUUUGUGAUGAUUUGUUCAGAUAACUUUGCAAUUGCAUGAUCCUCUCCACCAAUUGGAAGCAGAAGUACCAGUUACAACUUGGUUGUCAGGGUUUUUGUACCUGUCUUAACUUUGAGUUCUUCCUGACCCCAUGUUAUUGAUAUUGUUGUUGUGUAAGGCUGUUCUUGGGUGGUUGAUCUUAGUUUGACAAUUAUCUAAUGAUUACUGCUAUAGAUAAGUUUAUACAGCUUUUAAUGGAUGUGAAUAUUUGGCUGAUUUUUGUAAUUUGGUAAAAUUAAAAACAGAUUUGGCUGGCUUUUGUAACUAUUGAAAGGGUUGUGGGUACCAUAACUGAAAAACACCUUAGAGGGAAGGUCUUGAGUAUAUCAUGGAACAACACAAUGAUUUGGUAUAUAUUUUUGAUUGGAUAGUGUUAAGAUAUGGUUUUGACACAAGACACCUUGUUUGAUUUCCUAGCUAGUCAGGGUAGAAAGGGUGUGGUUAUGAAACUAAAAAACUGUGAAAACAAGGAAUCGCAGUGAAAUGCUAGAAUAUUAUUAAGAGAAGGAGUGCUGAAAUAUUAGGGGCAUUGACAAUUUUGUGAGUCCCACAAUAGGCAGGCAAAAACUGUAUUAUCAAGCAUUUGCAAUACAAAAGUACUCCUUGUUCAGAUUACCUAGAUGUACUCAUCCAUUGGGGUUCAAAUUUUGUUAGUAGUUCUACUAAUUUGUAAUAAUGUACACAACUAACAGCUUUCUUAUCACCUAGGCAAAAUAUAUUUCUUUGGAC